AUAAAUAUGAAUUCUCAAAUGCAUUUUGGCGAAAACUUGUCUGAAGACUUGCUAGAUGAGAACGCUUCUGCCUCUAGUAUCAAUGUCUCUGAUGGGCUUCAUAAGAAUAUGGAGCACAAUCCAUUCAGCAGGAAAAUCAGGACAAAACAACUUUCUGCACUUCCUUUUAAUAAGCUUAAGUGAUUGUCAGUAAAUGAGGACUUUGAAAACUUUAACUUCUCACAUAAAAGUGUAAUGGAAGAAGGUGAAAAAGAGAGCCCAUCAAAGUCUUAUGAGCCAAAAGGAUGUCGUCGUCUAUCAAAGUUGCAGACAGAGAUAAAAAGCCUUCUGCAACAAUCAAUCAGACUUAAGAGCACUCCAAUGCCAACCCCUAGUAGGAACUACAUCUUAAAAGAGCCCAGCAUAUCUGAAGAAGCUGUAGUAACGAUGAAAGACAUAUUCAGUGCAGAAUAACUAGCAAUCCUUGCUCUAUAAUUUAUAUAAAAUAUCUUAUAUGC